UUGUUAAGUGAAGACUGUCGUCGGGUAAGGACCUCUAGUUCAGUUCUAAUCCAGCAGUUUUCGAAUUAACAACGUCGUCGGUAACGUUGGCAAAAACUAAAGACAAAAAAAAUCCUAAUCAAGUGUUUUUAGUGUCAAUUUUCUAGCAACCAUAGAUUUCUUAAAUUCUCAAAAAAUACAAGUGACAGUUUAUUAAUUUUAAAAGCUUCCUUGUUUUUUUUUUUAAUGAUUCUUAACACUCAAAUGAAUUCUCCACAAUCGAGUGGUGUUAUGGGUUCACAGCAAUGCGAAAAUUUUUAUUUAAAACGGAAACUCGGUCCCGACGACCAAAUCGAUAAUAGUAACGGCUUUGUUCAGGCAAAGAAGAGGCACCUUCAAGGAUAUUCCCCUACGCAUAACACUUUUCAAGCUCUGGGAGAGUCAUCACAGCAGCAACCCCAACAACAACAACAGCAAGAGCAACAACAUGAGUCUCAUCAAAUUUGCAAUGAUAUGAAUUUCAACUUGAAUUCGAGUACUUUCAUCAAUGAUCUCUUCAGUUAUGAGAAUAACCUUGUUCCUGUCCAGACUAACUUUACCAAUGAUCAAUUUGAUGGAAACUGGCAGAAUUCGGAUCUUCUUGAAUUGGAUCAUAGGUAUAAUUCUGGACUAUCAGUUAUUACCAACGAAGGGUCUCAAGUGCAACAAGAUGUUGCAAAUAACAACAAUAUUCAACAACAAUCCCAUCAAGAUGUAAGCGCUAUCCAGCAACAACAGCAGCAUCAGCAACAACAACAAAAUUUGGCCUCUGUUUUUGCAAUGCAAAAGCACAAUUCUCAUUCCGGAGACAUUCAACAACCAUCCCAUCGCACAUCGAAUUCUGAAAUUAAUCGAAAAUUUCAUACCGAUACUGAAUCUGAUUUUGAGGAUAAAAAUUUAUCGUGGUUAUUCAAUUUUAAGUUGGAAGAAUUGCCACAUCUUUCACCGGAAGUGAAUCAAAUUCAGUCGUCCUCGACACCAGUGGUAACUAAAAACAGUUCGGAAAGCUCAACAAAAUCACAAUCAAAAUCAUCUCAGACCAAGACGGUGAAGAAAUUUGAAGAACUUGUAAUGGAAGUUACAUCGGAAUUGGAUGCAAAUGAUAUGAUUGUUGGGGAAAAUGUCGUUGUUGAGAAUAGUCCGAGAAUGCCAAAAAAGCCACCGUUUACAUAUACCGAACUCAUUGAAUAUGCCCUCGAGGACAAGGGUGAACUUACAGUUUCCGGAAUUUACCAGUGGAUAUCUGACCGCUUUCCAUUCUACAAAUCAAAUGAUGACCGAUGGAAGAACUCUGUUCGACACAACCUUUCAAUCAAUCCACAUUUCAGAAAGGGUGUCAAAGCUCCCCAAGGUGCUGGUCACUUAUGGACAAUUUCUAGUGGUGAUUCGGAGGAAAAUAUUUUAGCAUGGGAACACAAGAAACAACGCUUGGAUUUAUUUUUCAAAAUGGAAUCUCUGCAAAGAGAAAGAUAUGAAUCAUCUUCCAAUAGUCACGAUCAAAGUCAACAAAUGUUUGAUGAAGCAGCCAUAGCAGCAGCAACAAUCACCCAAGAAAUGCACACAUCCAUUUCACCAGAUCACACAAUUUCAUCAGUAGACCAAUCUUCAACAAGUUGUUCUCCAUCGUCAACCUGUGAUCGUCUGGGGACAACUCCGGUUGUGUCAACUGCACAUGAACUGCCAUUUAAUGAUCUCAUCACUGACGAGGACCUCCGCAAGACAGCUGGGCAAAUUUUGAACGGAAUUCACAGAGAUGUCGAAGUUCAGGCGGUAAAUUCAAUCAUAAGCACAUAUCACGAUAGUUAUUUGGAUGCUGAGGACUAUUUAAAUCCAAUACAAAAAGAUGUUUCUGUACACGAAAGCGGGUUGCGCAGUGAUUUCUAUGUGACAGAAAUCGAUCCUAUCGAAUUGGGUAUUCAAGUUGAAGAAGAAGUUCUAUUCAACGAUGAAUUCAAUUUGAAUUACUUUGGUUACACUGCAGGCAAUGAUAUUGUGGCUUGACCUAGAUCAUUUACCGGCACUGGACAGAUGGACGUUCCAGAAGUUGGUCCUUUAAUCAUAGCUAGCGGUGGAUCGGCUACGGAACAAUGUUAAAUUUGAUGCAAAUAUCAGUUUUGAUUUUGCUGUUGCAUCAUCAAGAGAAUUGAGAAUUUUAGUCAGUAGAAAUUAAAAGAAAGGAUUAAGAAAAAUAAAUCCUUUAAGAACUUGUGUAAUAUACCUACCUUUAUCUAAUAUUAAUUUUAGGUGUUCUAGUCAGAGCGGUAUUGAUCACAUUGAAUUUACAUAUGUUUUGUUUGUUUGUUUUUUUAUUUUGUAAUCAAUCAAUCAAUAGAGUUAAUUUUUUUUGAUUAUUGCAUUGUAUGAAUAGUUUAGUGGAAAUAAAAUGUAAGCCUUCUUCAUUAAUUAAAUAAUUUAAAUUAAUGUUUGUGUUGUAA